AUGGAAAACCCUCCCAAUUCAGGAUCGCUCUAUUACAAUUACAAGGGGUUCUACAGCAUCAUACUGUUAGCAGUCUGUGAUGCUAAGUACAACUUCAUUCUCGUAGAUGUAGGACAAUAUGGAAGUAACAACGACUGUGGUGUCUUAUCAAAGAGUCAUAUUGGAAUGCAACUGGAAAAUCAAUCCCUUCAAAUCCCACCACCUACGUCACUAGCUGGAUGUAAAUUUGACCCAUUACCUUAUUUUCUAGUUGGAGAUGAAGCUUUCCCCUUAAAGAAAAAUAUGAUGCGCCCAUAUCCUGGCAAGCUGAACGAGCCUGAGAGAGUAUAUAACUAUCGCCUCUCUCGUGCCAGGCGUGUUAUUGAAAACGCGUUCGGCUUAUUGCGGGCUAGAUAA